ACGUCAUCAACUUUAUGCGAGGCCAUUUUUCAGCCUCGUGGUGCAAUCAUCCGGGAACUUUCGAUAUGAAUGUCGGGAAACGCAUGGGAAAACUAGUCCUCUUUCUGUACAUCUUGAAGCGAGUGGCAGUGUGAAACGAAAACAUGCCAUUAUUCAAGGAUUUGCUUCACCCCUCACUUGAGGAGGAAAAAAGGAAACACAAGCUAAAAAGGCUGGUUCAGUCACCAAACUCAUACUUCAUGGAUGUCAAAUGUCCAGGAUGCUUCAAAAUCACAACAGUAUUCAGCCAUGCCCAGACAGUUGUAUUGUGUGUCAGUUGUUCAACUGUACUCUGCCAACCAACAGGUGGUAGAGCAAGGCUAACUGAAGGCUGUUCAUUUAGGAAGAAGCCGCAAUAAGUACAUAUAAUCAUAAAAUGAAGAAAAUUAUUUUGGAAGAUAAGAAGAGAAGUUUAUGGUGACCGCUACAGCUCUGGAAAGAGUCCAAAAGCAUUAAACUUGUAUUUCUAUUCAUCUUUUAGGGAUAUCUAGAAAAUGUAUUUUUAUUAUCUGUUGUAAGACUUUAUAGCAAAGGAUCAAUUUGGAAAACAAAAUGUGAUUCAUCUAAGUACAAAUGAAAUUCUGAAGUGGAUUUCUAAUAAACUUUUCUGAUUAUCUUUCA